ACAUGAAACUGUAGAAGUGACGCUACAUUUACAUGUCGUGGGAAAUAUGAAAACAUUUUAAAGACAGUGUCAAUACUAUAAAGAUACGGUUUAAAAUCCAAGUUUAGGACACCAAUACCGCAAGGUAUUUCAUUUGAUGUAGACAUGCCGCCCGAUGUACAACAUAAAAUAUGUAUUUUUCAUAAUAUUUUUCAGGACCCAAUCUCGAUGAUGAUCUUAACCGUUUUACUAUCGACCACGAACACAGCAUGACACAACAACCAAGAUGGCGUGCUGUGGAAACUGUUUUUGUUGCCAAUGUUGCUGCAGAGAAGGAGGGACGCGGACACCCGAAGAACUGACAAUCCUUGGGGAAUUCCGAGAUGAAGAAGAUGAGAUUCUACCCAGGAAAGACUAUGAGAGUUUGGAUUAUGACCGGAUCAUCAAUGAGCCCCAUGUGGAGGUUCUGGAGGGGAUGGACAACAAGAAAGCCAAAAAGUAUGAAGCAGUAAGGUGGAUGAUGAUGUUUGCUAUUGGAGUCACUGUGGGACUGGUGGGCCUGUUUGUACAUUCCUUUGUACACCUCUUCACCAAAAUCAAAUUUACUCUGGUUGGUGAUUCUGUAGAGAAGUGCAGUGACAAAGGCUGUCUCUCUCUGUCUCUACUGGAGCUCCUGGCAUUCAACAUGACCUUCAUCUUUAUCGCCAGUGUGCUCGUCCUCAUUGAGCCAGUGGCUGCAGGUUCGGGGAUCCCUGAAAUCAAAAGUUACUUGAACGGAGUUAAAAUUCCUGGAAUCGUCCGGCUACGAACUUUUCUCUGCAAGGCCACUGGAGUCCUGUUCAGUGUGGCUGGAGGUCUGUUUGUUGGGAAAGAAGGUCCAAUGAUACACAGUGGAGCAAUUGUGGGAGCUGGCCUUCCUCAGUUUCAGAGCAUAACUUUCAAGAGGAUCAAAUUCGAUUUCCCCUACUUCCGAAGUGACAGGGACAAGCGAGACUUUGUGUCAGCGGGCGCUGCUGCUGGAGUAGCUGCUGCCUUUGGUGCUCCUAUAGGUGGCAUGCUCUUCAGUCUGGAGGAGGGCUCUUCUUUCUGGAACCAGUCCCUCACUUGGAAAGUGCUCUUCUGCUCCAUGUCAGCCACUUUCACCCUCAACUUCUUCCGUUCAGGAAUCAACUUCGACAAGUGGGGCUCCUUCCAGGAACCUGGUCUGCUCAACUUUGGAGAGUUUAAGUGUCAAGAUGGAGAUAAGAACUGCCACCUGUGGACAGCAGUAGACCUGGCCUUUUUUGUCGUGAUGGGGGUGGUGGGUGGCCUGCUGGGUGCACUCUUCAACUGCAUGAACAAGAGCCUAGCCAAGUAUCGUAUUAGACAAAUUCACCCCAAGGCCAAGUUUAUCAGAAUUCUAGAGAGUCUGCUAGUUGCCAUGGUGACAACAGUGGUGAUAUUUGCAGCUUCAAUACUGUUGGGUGAAUGUCGUGACCUUUCCUCCCCAACAACCCAUAACACCACACUGUCCAGCAGUGACGACAUCAACUCAACCAGCCGCCAGUUCUUCUGCACCAACAAGACCUACAAUGACAUGGCCACGUUGUUCUUCAACCCACAAGAGGCUGCCAUUCAUCAGCUUUUCCACCAGGAAGGUACCUUCAGCCCUGUGACUCUGUCAGUGUUCUUCCUACUGUACUUCCUAUUGGCCUGUUGGACCUAUGGUGUGUCUGUACCUAGCGGCCUCUUUGUCCCCUCACUGCUCUGUGGGGCGGCUUUUGGACGUCUGGUUGCCAACAUCCUCAAAGUGAAACUGGGAAUGAAAAUCUACUCUGGGACCUUCGCUCUCAUUGGAGCAGCCGCCUUUCUUGGAGGCGUAGUCAGAAUGACCAUCAGUCUGACUGUCAUCCUCAUUGAAUCUACCAAUGAAAUCACAUAUGGGCUGCCGAUCAUGAUAACUCUUAUGGUUGCCAAGUGGACUGGAGAUUUCUUCAACAAGGGCAUCUAUGACAUCCACAUCCAGCUGAGAGGAGUGCCUCUGCUGGAGUGGGAGACUGAGAUUGAGAUGGACAAGCUGACAGCCAGUGAUAUCAUGGAGCCCAACUUGACCUAUGUCUACCCCCACACCCGGGUCCAGUCUUUAGUCAGCAUCCUACGCACCACGGUCUAUCAUGCCUUCCCUGUGGUCACUGAAAACCGGCAGAACGAACGGGACUUCAUGAAGGGAAACAUCCUGGUCAGCAACAACAUCCUCUUCAAGAAAUCCAGUGUGAUGUCCCGUGCGGGGGAACAGAGACGGCGCUGCCAGUCCAUGAAGUCAUACCCAUCGAGCGAGCUCAGGAAUGUUUGUGAUGAGCAAAACGCUGUGGCAGAGCCAGCAGAGGAGGGAGAGGACCUGCUGCAGCAGAUGUUAGAGAGGAGGUAUGCUCCCUACCCCAACCUGUACCCAGAUCAGUCUCCCAGUGAGGAGUGGACCAUGGAAGAACGCUUCAGACCGCUCACAUUCCACGGUCUCAUCCUGCGCUCCCAGCUGGUCAACCUGCUCAUCAGAGGGGUCUGCUACACUGAAAACCAGUCGAGCGCAACUCAGCCCAGGCUGUCCUAUGCAGAGAUGACUGAAGAUUACCCACGCUACCCUGACAUCCAUGACUUGGACCUCGCCCUGCUCAAUCCCCGCAUGAUAGUGGAUGUCACACCCUACAUGAACCCAUGUCCCUAUACAGUGUCACCCAACACCCGCAUUUCUCAGGUGUUCAACCUGUUUAGGACCAUGGGACUGCGACACUUACCAGUGGUCAAUGCUGUCGGAGAAAUUGUUGGAAUAAUCACAAGACAUAAUUUAACCCACGAGUUCCUUGCGGCCAAACUUCGACAGCACUACAUCACUAUUUGAUCUGACUCUGGACAUCCUGCCAUCCUUCCAACCCCCAGACCCUGUUCAGCCUGGUCCUGAGCUUUUGUCUCUGUCCAUUUCUACUUGCAUGUUGGGAUUCCCAAAAACAUAAGGGACAAUCACAUCCAUACAUAUAUUCCCUAAGGUACAGUUGGAACACGGUUGUUCACUAAGUGAAACCAUUCAGUUGUAUUUCACUCUAAACAUGUUCAGUGUUGAGGUGUUCAGUUUUCUAACCUCACACUGGGCUGGACACAUAUGGUGUAUGUGUAUGGUUUAUGAUCUGUAUAGAACAAGUUUAAAAAGUCACAAAUGUCCCAUAAAUUAUCCAUAAUGAUGGCUGAUAAUUCACUCACUUGCUGUGCAUUCAGAUUGUGAGGAACAGGACUGAGGGAUGUACUCGGGAAAUUGAUAAUAAAACAGGUUUUUUUUUUUGUUUUUUUUUAAAUCAACUGAGUAACAUUGCCUUGCGAGCAGCAGCACACUGUAGUUUAUUGAUUGGCCCAACAUGAAUCGUAUUCUUUUAACUUAAGUUCCACUUCUCAUUUUUCUCCCUCGUCAUCCACACAGAUGAAGGUCAAAGGUCUGGUGAUGAGCUCAUUAAUUGCUAUUUCUGCUGGUUGGAGACGCAAUUGACCAAUUAGAGCUUUGUAGGUAGAAUUUGGAAUUAAGAAGUCAUCGUCUUACAUAGCUAGCUAGCCACAGUACCUUCAUCAAUGAAAAGAUGCAACAGGAAAAUAGCUACAAAAUGGCAACAACUUUGGAUGAGAUUGUUGUCAGACAAUAUAGUAACUCUAAAAUGUGGACCAGUCUUCUUAAUCAUCAUGAAAAAUGUUCCUUGCAACCAUAAUCAUGGCUUGUGAGUCCACUGAAAAUGAGAAUUAACGAAAGAGAAAAUGCACUGUCUGUCUUACACAUUGCAUGCCCUGUUGACCUGCCAGUAAACUUUACAAUUGUUGUCUUUGCUAACACAACAUCAUGUGCUUGCAUGCUCAUGAAUCAUCUGAGGGGUCAUGUGAAGAGGCAUUUUAGUUUCCUCACUUGGAAUGGAAAAAUCUUGAAAUCUAUAAAGGUAAGGCUGUUCGCUGUUUGCCAGUUUGAACUUAGUAGUUUGAAAAAGUGACAGCUACUCACAGUUUGAAGCCUGGCAUAUAACAAUUUACCAAAGUGAAAUACCACUUGCCAAGGGGUCCUUACUACCUUCAUACCUUCAUUACCUUUUUAAUUAUGCUUUAUUAUGGUUGUCACUGUAGCACUUUUAUUUUUCACUUUUGUCUGUAUAUUUUUAUUCACUUGGGAGGAACUGGAAUAUAUGCAUUAAAAGCAGGCCAACAUUCCCUCACAGUCUGUGAAUAAACUAGACCUCAGUAGCUCUUGGAGGAGUUUGCUUAGUGACCAUGUCGGUUCAUUUCAUUUUGGACACAUAGGGCAGUUUGUAAACACGCAAUCAUUGUUUUGCACUUGUGACAUGAAGUGAUACUGUCACUUUCUUUCAGUCAGUUCAGUGUUAAAAAGAGUCAGGGCUAAGGGGACUUUAUGAUUGACUGUCUCGGUUUGAAAGACAAACUGCAAACAUUGUAAAAACUAAUGUCUAAAAUGUACAUAUUAGUCCCCUGCCAUUAGAUUUUCAGCAGUAUAGUAACUUUCUUGUCCAUUGUCUUAGUACCUCAUUUCAUUGUCAUUCCUGAAAGGGACUACAAUUGUUAAAGGAGCAAAAUUAAGUAAAGCAAGUGGAAUUGCAUGCUAGGUUGAUGAAUUGUUAACAACCACAAUGGCACACACUACAUGUACAUCAAACAUUCCUUAUUUGUUCUGUGUCUCUGCUUUAUAUUUAUUGAUCUACAAUUUUAUUUUUAUGAUUUGGUGCCUGUGCUAUGAAUGAUUGUAUCAUGUUAGCUGCAUUUCUAAAUGCUCUGAGGGUGUCCUGCGCAAUAUCCUUCAUAGUCUAGGCAUUGCUCACUUGUUUAAAAUGAUUAUUUUUACGUUACAAAUUCUGAAUUCUACAUAUGGCAUAGCAGGGGUUGUGCAAAAUAUGAGAUCAAGAAAAACACUGGGCAGCACUUGUCCUGCUGUGAAGCCAGACCUAAGGGACUUUUUGUUUCAGAAGACUUUGUGGAUAUUUAGAUUAGCACCCUGUACUUGUUAAUGAAUUUGUAGUUUCUACAAACGUAGACAUCUGGCACAUGGCAAAAAGCUGAAGCCAUGGAACAAAAAAGCAGGGAGACCUCUGUCUAGUGCCUUUAAAUAAUAAAGGACCAUCUGUUUUGU